GUAAAAUAAAGUCUACACUUAAAUUCAUUCAAAAUUGGAAUAAAAAGCAUCAAAAGCAUUUUAGGCAAAGUUGUACAUCUAAAUUCAUUCGAUAUAUAAUUGAAUAAAAUUUGAGAAAAUGUGCUUACUAAAUCUUCUAGUUGGCCCAAUGAAGUCAUGAUUUCAACUCCCAAUAUUGAUGUUCAAUAACUUAUGUGAAAUGAUCGUUAAAACAAAGAGGAAAUGAUCAUCAAAAGGAAAACGGACCACCUCGUUUAAUAUUGACAAGUAUUUGACGAACCAAAAAUGGUUAGGGAAAAGAAGCCAAGGUAAGUCAUAAAUGGAGGAGUUAGGCCAUUGAUGAAGGGAGAACCAAAGAUUGAUUGACAUUCCAGCUACUUCAACAAUCCACUUCACUGUUUUGUUUAACCUUCCAAGACUGUUUAAGCCACCACCAUCACAUUACUUCAACUAAUCAACCAUUAUUAUCAUCAAACAAAUCCAUACUAUCUCCUCAGAAACAGAUACUCACUUCUCCGGCCCCAAAACAAAGAAAUGUUCUCACUCGUCAGAACCAAAUCGGCGGCCGCCGCGGCGGGGAGGAAGAAGAGGACGAUCAUCGUGGGUCUGAACGCUGAGAAUUCCGGUAGAGAGACUCUGCUGCGAAUGCUAGUGGUGAUUGUCAAAACAGGAGAUAAUGUGGUGGCGGUUCGUGUUUCGGAGCCGAAUGACAAUUUUGAUCCUAAUACUUUUCAUAUUCAUGAGGAUCUUUGCAAAUCAAAGCAGGUGGAUUUUCAAGUGAGGAUUUGUGAAGGAGAAUCCUAUAUUUCGGAAUUAACUCGUCAAGUUCGUCUCAAUUUUGCUACUGUUCUUGUUCUUGGCACCACCAAUUCAGGUCCCAAAGAUUCAGUUGUUAAGACAUGCUUGAAAGGGUUGCCUCCAACUUGUACCCUUCUAGUAAUAGACAACAAAGGAAAUAUCCAAAUUCAAAUGAAGGGCACUUCUCAAGAAGGCUCCAAAAGGCCAAUCUCCAAACCUCCUCCUUUAUCAUCACCAACAAACGAUCCCAACAACAUCAUCAAUGAAUCAUCAUCUUCUUCAAUCCAUCCUUCACUAAACCCAUUGACUGAAUCAUCCUCUUCUUCUUCUUCUUCCUCACCAUUAUCAUCACAACCAGAAGAAUCUCAUACACCAACCCAUGUCAGCAAGGCUGUUCAAAUUCCCACCUUCGUGUCGGAGAAGCUCCGUCGUGUUGAUUUGAAGCAUUCCAUCAGGCUUUUCACACCCCAGGAGAUUGCUUCUGCAACCAAGAACUUCAGCCCUUUGAUGCUGAUCGAAGAGGGUGUGUGCUUUAAAAUGUACAGUGCGAAACUUGAAGAUGGGCAGUUUGUAGCUGUGAAAGUCCAAACCAAACAGUUUUCGUCAGAAGAUCUACUUAGGGAGAUUGAAAUGUUGUGUGGCUUGAAGCAUGAGAACAUUGUUAAGAUCCUUGGCUGUUGUAACCGUGAGGAGAUUAGAGCGGUAGUGUACAAUCAUCGGUUGAAAGGAAAUUUGAUGCAGAAUUUGAAGAAACUCAAAUGGACUGAUAGAGUGAAAGUUGCAAUCGGGGUUGCAAAGGCAUUGAAGUAUCUUCAUCAUUCUUGUAGCCCUUCAAUCAUUCAUAGAAACGUAAAAUCAUCCAAUAUUCUGCUCUCUGAUCACAGCCAACCACAAUUAUCAAACUUUGGAGAAGCAAUGGUACGUCCAGCAGUUCAAGAGGACUCAACACAAGUUGAUAUCGGGAAGUUCAGUUACUUAGCCCCAGAGUACUUGAUGUUUGGAAAAGUAAACGAGAAAGUCGAUGUUUAUUCCUAUGGCGUCAUGCUUUUGGAACUCAUCACUGGCAAACUUGCAGUUCAGACAGAGCCGACUAACCGUAGAAGCUUAGUUUUCUGGGCAAGGUCCCUACUAAGCUGUAACUUAGCAGAACAUUUAAUUGAUCCGUAUUUGAAGGAAGAUUAUAACCAUGAUGUGAUGGAAAUGAUGAUGAUUAUCGCCCGGCUCUGCCUCUUGCACUCGUCAUCGAGACGACCAACAAUGGAAACUAUAGUGAAGCUAUUUGAAGAACCAGAGUACUUGAAGAAAAUGCAAAGGGGAAAAGAGGAUCUACUAACUGUGCUAACUCCCAAAGCUGAGAAGGGAUUGUGGAAAAAUGAAGAAUCAGCUCUGCAAGAUACAACCAAAACAGAACAGAACUAUGGAUUUUCUGAUAACUUAAAUGUCACAUGAUUAAGCAAAUUAUGAAUACUAACAUAUGAAUGGUAUGAAUCAAAUAAGAGAAUUCAGUAAGAUAUAAUUCUUUUCUCAUCACUUGGCUUUUGUAAAUGUAUCAAAUAAGAGAAUUCAACAAAAGCUGUAAACUACAAAACUCGUGUACAUUAAUAGAUUUCCUAGUUUGAUUGCCAAGGCCUAUUUA